CGACAUUGUCCACGCAUAUGGCUUCCUCCUGUAACCGAGUGUUCUAAAUUAGAACUUCGACAUAACCUCUGGCGCAUACACUGGAUAGCCGUGGAUACGAUUUUGAUAAAUGUUCUCUUUGUGAUGAUAACUGUUAAUAUCAUUCGUGGACAUCUUGUAUUACAUGUCGGAGACCUGUAAAAGCAGACAUUGAGAUAAAUACACGGAGAAUGACCCCUAGUUGACACUGGUUACGUCACCAAUGUACGGAGGUCUGUACGAAGUUAAACAGUUAUCACGUGACCAGUGUACGGAGGUCUGUACAAAGUUAAACACUAAUCACAUGACCAAUGUACGGAGGUCUGUACGAAGUUAAACAGUAAUCACGUGACCAGUGUACUGAGGUCUGUAUUUGAACGGUGAUCACGUGACCAGUGUACGAGGUCUGUAGUUGAACAGUGAUCACGUGACUAGUGUACGGAGGUCUGUAGUUGAACAAUGAUCACGUGACCUGUGUACGGAGGUCCGUAGUUGAACAGUGAUCAAUGUCACCAAAGUGCGAAUGUUUACAGUUUAACAUUUAUUACGUCACCAAUGUACGGAGGCCUGUAGCUGAACAAUUAUCGUUUUUGGUGUAAAGGAAGACUUACGUUGAAAUCAGGUCAUGUGUUAGACCACCGUGAAAUCGUCUGCUGCCAGAAAUCUAACGGCUGGUAAUCACAAUGUAUACAGAUACAACACGGGAGAUAGGAAACCAUGGACAAGCUAGAGGGCACUCCACUAUUCAACAUGGACUGGUGUAUCAGAUGCGAAAGUCUAGAGGGAUCAACUGGACACACGCUGAAAAGAUUUUUCUCUUACAUCUUUGUGCUGCUAAAGCCAGAAUCAUUGAGGAGAAAAAAUCGGAUAGCAAUACCUUAAGGAUGAAGGCGGCGUGCUGGAGAAUCAUUUAUGACCAAUUCUCCGCCAAAUUCGGGCGGAAACGAACACUUGUUAGAAUUAAAGAACAAUGGAAACGAAUGAAGCUCGCCACACGUGCGGAGCAGCGAGAUAGAGAACAGGAGACUUUGGACUCAUCUACCGGAAACGGAAGAAAUACACAGGAAGUUGCACCCACUAAAUAUUACGGGGAAUCCGCCGAAAUUAUUGCUCAGGUUAAAAAGAUAUUAAAUGAAGUAGCUAAUUCCAAUUUCAGUUUUAAUCCAGUUCAACAAACUGAAUUGUCCGCAGGGGAAACGGACGCUGUUAUAGACGAUGUCAUGAGAUUUUCAGAUAUUGCCUCGGGAGAGAUAUCAUCGGGAGCCGGAUUUUCUGUCCCGGACACGGAGUCGACAGUGAUUAAAAUUGAAAUUGAUGACGACGAAGAAGUAACGGAAUAUGAUGACGAUUGCAGUCAAACAAGAAAACAGGACACUCCCCCUGAAUUAGCUACAACUGUUGUUGAUUUUAACAAUCUUGAAGAAGUUUGUUUGGAACGUCAUGGUAACAGCGAACCCACUAUUGAGCAUGCUCACACACCAACUUCCGCCUUUACUCUUGCAACUGAUGAUGUUGCCCAAAUAAGGUUUUCAACUGAAAUAGCGUCAAAUGCAAGUGCAUCAAUACCGGAAGUAAAUAAAUCUUCCUAUGAUCCGGAACAGUCAUCCGAACACUGGGGAACUUUCCGGAAAUUGAAAAGUAACUUUCAGAAAAAUGACUAUUUAGAACAGCAAAACGUUUCGAGAUUAUCUAUGGACAACAUGUUACUGGAGUAUGCAAGGACUGAACAUGAAAAGAAAAUGGAAUAUUUAAAGAUGGAACAUGAAAUGAGAAUGGAAAUUCUUAAAUUGGAAAAAGAGGCAGCAGCGGCAAAGCUAAGAAAGGCAAACUUCAAGUUGUCUUUGACUGGAGCGAACGCGCCAACGUGAUACAUAUAUGUAAUCAAUGAAACUACUUCAGAAAUGUGAAGAUGUUUCAGUGUUGGUCCCUAGUUUUGUUUAC